CUUAAAUAUGUUAAUAUGUAUGGACCGCAUUUUAUGUAGAACAUCUGACAACUUCGCAAUUUUUUGUCCGCAUUCUUUCGGCUUGCAAUCUUUCGCUGGUCCAACUAUACUAUGUAUAAAUAUUCUAUAUAGAAUUAUGUAAAAUGAAAAAAAAAUCGCAUCUAUCCCAUCGAGCAUAGUUCACAAAGACAUAAUCUUUUGGUGCUAAUCGAUCACAUGAAAAUCAUAUUUAUCAUCAACUGAUUAUCUUUACUUAUACACUUGACUUUCAGUCCAUAAACUUUCUUUAAUCUGUCAUCCCUUAACACCCCAUCCUAAUAAGUAUAAUACCCUAAAAUCCGACCCUGCUUAGGAAUUCUCCUCCAGUGUAAGGUACCCUAUCGUAAAAUACCUGUUUACCUGGUAUACGCCAAACAACCCAAAGUUAUCAGUUAUCCAAAAAUAUUCGUGAAGAGUGUUACUGGAAGGUCUACAGAAUGGUCGUUGCUGUUGUGAAUUAAGAUGGAUCUGAGAAAGGUCGUCAUCGUUGCCUUAUGCUUAGUAACAUCUACAUCCAUGCCCGCAAUAUGGGAAAGAGAACCAUCACAUGAAAUUGAGAAACCAAUGGAAACCAAACCUAGAUUAUACCGUGAAUUGGUGCUAUUUGAAACAGCCAUUUUCAUUGUAGGGUCUGCACUUGUGGCUUUCAUAACAGCUUUUUUACCCCUGGAGGUAUGUUUCAUCAUGGGCAAGUGCCAGAAAUUGAUGGAACCUUAUCGAAAGCAGCUGGACGAUGAAUUUAGUGGCAACACAGGUAAAAUCAGAAAUAGAAGAAACUUGGCUCAGUUCGAACCCUAUUUGGUAGCGAUUUUGGACAGUUUUCUGCAAAAUAGAGAGGUGUGGGAUUCCCCAAAUAAAGUGGAAGUGAACCCGAUGUACAAAGAACCACUAUUGAUCACGCUGGCGAAAUAUUUUGACAGAUAUGCAACCACAGAAGUAAAAAGGCACGUGAAGGCGAUUUUAUUUUUCAUUGUACACAUAUUGGGAAGAAUGUAUGCUGUUGUUCAUUACUUUGUGCGGUACUUAAUGAACUAUGGACUGAUAUAAUUAUGAUUUACGCAAGGUAAUAAUAACUUGUUUUGUAUUAAAG